AUGCUCAUCCUCGCCGCUGCUUCCCUCACUCUCAUCGGCCUCAGCGCCGCCUCUCCUCUCGGCGAGCGGCAGCAAGUCGUCCCCAACUACCCGUCGAAAUCCGCCUCCAAGGGCUUCCGCCUCGUCGUCAACGUCACCGAUCCCUCCACGGACUUCCAGCCCCCCAUCCAAAACACCUACGUCUCCAGCAUCCACGUCGGAGCCGGUCUUGCCCUUGUCGGCCAGGGCCCAGACGCCGCCCGCGGCCGCAUCUUCUACCAGAACGGCACAGUCACGCAGCAGAGAUACAGCCAGUCCAAUGUCCUCUCCGACAGCGGCACUCCUCCCUUCCCCUCGGGCCUGAAGCUCGUCAAGGACCCGGACUCGGAGACGCUGUCGACGGCUCACCUGGACGGCGGGCCUGGACAGGCCGGCAUUGGCAUUACUCGCUUCCCCGAGCCCUACGCCUUCUUGUACCCCGAGACGUGGGUUGCCUGCAACGAGAGCCUGCGCUAUUAUCAGGGCCAGUACUUUGUUAUUUUCAAGCAGGCCAAUACGACCAUUGGCGAUGACGCUUCCAUCAACCCAAACGUCCCUGACGGCUGCAUUGCCGUACGCCUGGUCCCCGAAUGCACCCAGCUGAAUGACCUGCCUGCUGGUGCAAUCGCCAGCCACGAGCAUGCUCUCGACUCUGAGUGCUACCCUGACGUCAAGUCUUUGGAUUGGGCCCAGUAUGGACCUUAG